AUGUGGCAAAAUCGGCGCGAGGCCGCUCGUUUAUUGCAUAGAGAUGAAAUGAACUCGUUGUCGGUGCCGAACAGUGAGCUAUCCGCCUCGCAAAUCGAGCUGAGAUCACUCGGCCAUCAGGGCGAUGGAUUAGAGGAAAAAGAUGGGAUCAUACCGGAUGAAAUUGAAGAGAAAAAAUACGAGCAACAAGACGCCACCGUCCAAGAGGCGCUCCGUUUAGAGUGGGACAAGCGCUGCUACUUUCGCGAUGGGAAAAGACAGAUCGAUUACGUUUUGGCGUAUGAAGAGGAUGAGAGUGAUUUGGUGCGACCACCGGAGACUGUUGACGAGAGCUCUGAUGAAGAAAGUGAACAGGGGAAUUCAGCGAGAAGAAAAAAUACAUUGGCCAUUAUUGGACAACAAAUCUCGAAAACGUCGAGCGUUUUUAAAUCGCGGCGAACGCAAAAAACGCGAAUGAUUGCUCGGAAAAAGGAUGAACGCCGAAAGAAAUAUUUGCACAAUUUGCAAAUGAUGGGAUUGGAUUUGGAGAUGUGCACGGGAGAGCUUGGCAACACAAAGUACGUGCUCGUGCACGCACCCUUUGAGCUCCUCGAGAAGCAGGCGCAGCUGUUGACAGUGAAAUUGCCCGUGAAGAGAAGCGACGUGGAAAUGGAGGAAAGAAAUAUUCUUCCUGGAGUCGUCGAUCGUUGGCUAAAUCGAAUGAAAAUUUUUGAGUUUGAUGAACACACGAAUCAACUACUAAAUGAACCCGACUAUUUCACCUCGCCAUAUUCAUCGGAUCGAAGGCAACAUUUCGUCAACUGGGAUCGCCCGGAUUUGUUGUUUCCGAACGCUGAGCGAUGUCGGAUGGUCUACGAUUUGUUGAUUCGAGCGAGAUACGAUUCGGGCAUCACUGAGGAGCACCCGCUCACCAGCGAACCACAUUACCGAGUGGGAAUCGAGCGCUUGUUAGCUAGUGGCACGUUCAGCGCUGCUUAUCCACUGCAUCAGGAAAUGCGCAACAAAGCCGAGCGCCGAGACACAGACCUCACACAACGCGAGCUACUUUAUGCGAAAUGGGCAAGCUUUCGGAAUUUCUUCAAAUAUCAACCACUGGAUCUGAUCAAGCGUUACUUCGGCACGAAAGUCGGCUUGUACUUUGCGUGGCUUGGGUACUACACGAGAGCCUUGUAUCCGGCGUCGUUGAUCGGGAUUGUCGCCUUGUUGUUCGGAUGGUAUCAUUUGAGUCGAGAUAUUGUCAGCAAUGAUAUCUGCGAUGAGGAUGGCUUCGGAGGCUCGGAGUGGGUCUGUCCGCAUUGUGUCUCCCACGGGUGCAACUUCGCUCGCCUCAAAGGCAGUUGUUUGUAUGCUAAAGCCUCCUACCUAUUCGACAACACGUCCACCGUAAUCUUCGCCGUUUGCAUGACCGUCUGGGCGACUCUUUUUCUGGAGGGCUGGAAGCGAUACCACGCGGAAGUGGCCUGGAAAUGGGGAUUGAUGGAUUUCGUGGUGGAGGAGGAACGCGCCCGUCCCGAAUUUCAGCUGCAAGUGAAAACGAAACGCUUCAAUCCGAUCACGCAAAAGGACGAGCCCUAUCUGACGUUUCAGAAGAAAUUCAAAAAUUUCAUUGGCAGCGGCGCGACAGUGCUCUUUUUUAUCUGUCUCGUGCUGGCCGUCGUCUUCGGCAUGGUGGUUUACCGUGUGAUCGCCUAUCAACUCCUCAACUCCCAGGAUCAGCCACUCGUCGAUCAGAUCUCGUUCUUGCUCGUCUCGAUCACCGCCGCCACCCUAAACAUGUUCGUCAUUCUGCCGAUGAAUACGUUUUACAAUCGCUUGGCGCACUGGUUGACACGAUGGGAAUGUCCGCGGACACAAGCCGAAUUCGAUAAUCAGUACACGUUCAAAGUUUUCCUCUUCCAAUUCGUCAAUUACUAUUCCUCUCUCUUCUACAUUGCUUUUUUUAAAGGAGCUUUCACUGAGAACCCGAAACGAGCGUAUUAUGGGAUCACGUUGGAGGGUUGUGACUCGGCGGGUUGUUUCGCUGAAUUAGUCAUCCAAUUGGUAAUCAUCAUGUGCGGAAAGCAGUUCUUCUCGGCUUUCAUGGAGACUUUAUAUCCUUACAUAAUGGGCAAAAUUCGUCAGUACAAGUUCAUCGUGAAAAACGACGCCGAAUCGCGGAAAGAACAAAAGAAAAAAAUGGCCGCGAAGAGCCAUGUGAGCAGAAACAAUCGUUACGGGAGUAGUCGUCGUUCGUGGCGUCGCUAUUCGUCGAUAAAAUACGCGAUUCAGCAUAGAUUAUCGCGAUGGGAAACCGAUUAUUAUUUGAGCCCAGUGCACGAUCAAUUUCUCUUCGACGAAUACCUCGAAAUGGUGCUGCAAUUCGGCUUUGUCACUCUUUUUGUGGCGGCAUUCCCGUUGGCUCCUCUGUUCGCUUUAUUCAAUAAUAUAAUGGAGAUUCGACUUGACGCAAAAAAGUUCCUCCUCCACGCUCAACGCCCACUCCCAGCGAUGGCAAAGAAUAUUGGUGUCUGGUUGCCAAUCCUCGAUGGAAUCAGUAAAUGCUCUGUGAUUAUCAACGCAUUAGUAAUCGCUUUCACGUCGGAUUUCGUCCCAAGAACUUAUUAUUUCUUCACACAUGAUUAUGAUAUGUCUGGUUACGCAAACUUUUCCCUCUCUUAUUUUGAUAUCAAGGAUUUCCGAGAGCAUACAAUGGGACGAUACUAUGCUGAGAGACAAAAUGUAUCCAUGUGCAGAUACCGUGGCUACUUCCGUUUCCCUUGCGCAAACCUAAACGACACUUCUUUCCACGAGGGUGAGCCGUGCAGUCAUGACUACGAGCGGAGUCAAGUCUGGUGGCAUAUCUUCGCCUAUCGAUUGCUUUUCAUUGUCAUUUUUGAGCACUUGGUCUUCGUGUUGAAGAGCGCGAUCGCUUUCGCCAUUCCGGACAUCCCUGAGAAGAUCUUCAUCCAACAACAGAGAGAGAAAUACCUUGCUAGAGAGGCGCUUAUCGCUCAAGGAGUCGCGCCAGGCAUCGCACAAAAGAUGGAGCGUCGCGUGAGCGUUUGUGGUUUCGACUCUGAGAGCACCGCCUAUCAACCGGGAUCGGAAUUUGGGGCAGCUGGAGGAGAUUCUGUCGGAUCCACGGUCAGGACAGUCAUCCCGAAUCUCAAUCACAAUACGGGCAUCCGUUUUCAAUAUCCGUCAAGGUCCACUGAAAAUCCGAAUCAAAAACUCGAAAUUUCGAUAAAUUCCCUCCACACCGCCCCUUCAGACGAUUCUUUCAUCACAGCCAUUCAAUAUGAUAGCAGUUUGGAUCUGCGACCUUCAACUCGAUCGAUUGCCGAAAUGCAGCAACCGAAAACGACAAUCGCGUCGAUCGUCUCGUUGUGGGAACACUCGCGUCCGCUGUUCACGAUCCUCGUCUUGGUGGUGGGGGUCGUCGGGGGGUUGACCUUAGUGAUCACCGUCGUCUACUUCUACAGGUUCUGCUUGAAAAAGCGGCCGCCGCUUACCACAACGUGCAGGCCGGAGCAGAAGCGAGACGCGGUCCGAUCCGAGGCCUCGACCGCCUGCCGACCCCUUCCGCUGCCCAUCAAGAAUGGUCUUUACCAGACUCAACCGACGAUCGCUCGGCUCGUCCAGCUGGAUGGCACGAGAAUCCCUCAAGCAGUUAUUCAAAAAUCGAUGGAUCGACCGAUUUUGGCGCAACGAGAUUCGGAUCGAUCUCAGAAUUUGCCACUUUUAACAUAUACAAGCGAAAAUCUUCACCAUGGUGCUGGCGCCGAGUACGACAAUGAAGCUCACGCACGAGGAUCGCUGCGCUCCUCGGCCGAGCUUCUACCGCCCGAGGACCUGGAUUUGCGUCGUCCAUCCGUCGAUGGGCCAAAACGCCGCCAGUUGCCGAGCAUCGAGCAUUUGGAGGUUUGU